AUGACUCCGGAAACCUCCGCCAUCGCGCUCGUGUAUUUCGUCCAAGGCGUCAUCGGUCUCGCCUCGUUGGCGAAGAGUUUUUUCUUGAAGGACGAGUUACACUUGUCGCCGGCGGAAGCGGCGGUGGUGAUGAGCAUAUCGUCUUUACCGUGGCUGGUGAAACCUUUGUGGGGGUUUAUUUCGGAUACCGUGCCUUUGUUUGGGUAUAAACGGAAAUCGUAUUUGUGUUUGAUGGGCGUCGUCGGAUGCGUCGCGUGGUCGACGUUGAGUCAAGGCGUUUCGGUGGUCGAUAAUCGAUGGACGGCUAGUUUUCUAUUCGCAGUCGGGUCUUUGAGCAUUGCUUUUUCGGACGUAUUGAUUGAUUCGAUCGUCGUGGAGAGAGCGAGAGAGUCAGAGGAUAAUUCAACGACUGGGUCGUUGCAAAGUUUGUGUUGGGGAAUGGUUGCGUUUGGCGGCAUAGCGAGUAGCUAUUUUAGCGGCGAGUUGGUGGAGGAGAAAGGAAGCGCGUUCGUGUUUGCGUGCACGGCGGUAUUUCCACUGCUGAUUGCCGGUGCGGCAUUUUUGGUCAAGGAAGAGAGAAAGGAUUUUUCGACGAGUAGUGAGAUGGUUGCGAACGUCGUCGUCUCGGGUGGUGAGAGAGAGGAAGAGAAGAACGGAAGCGUGGUUGAAGCUGGGAAGGAAACGCUUUCAACGUUAUGGUCUGUGGUGAAACAGAAACAAAUAUGGGGACCGGCGUUGUUCAUGUAUUUAUGGCAAGCGACGCCGUCCCCUGGAUCGGCCAUGUUUUACUUUUCGACGAACGAGUUACACUUCAGCCCGGAGUUUUUAGGCCGAGUCUCCUUCGCGCGUUCGUUAGCGGCUUUAGGCGGCGUCGGGUUGUACAACGCCUACUUCAAAUACGUGCCAUUAAAGAAGAUGUUUACGUACUCUGCGAUUUUAGCGACGGCGCUGGGAUCGACGCAACUUUUGCUGGUCUCGGGGUAUAACCGCGAGCUUGGGAUUAGCGACGAGCUCUUUGCGUUAACGGACAGCGCCGUCUUGACCGUGCUCGGCGAGAUUUCGUUUUUGCCGGUUUUGGUUUUAGCCGCGAAAAUCUGUCCGAAAGGCGUCGAAGCGACUUUAUUUGCAUCGUUGAUGUCGUUGUUCAACUUUGGUGGCGUAACCUCGCAAUUUCUCGGCGCUGGUUUGACUGAAAAGUUAGGCGUUACCGCUGAUAAUUUCGACAACUUGUUCGAGUUGGUCGCCAUAUGUAAUUUCACCACGCUGUUGCCGCUCGCGGCGAUUGGAUUCUUAAACGAAGUCGAACAAGAAGAAGAAGAAGAAGGCGACGACGGCGGCGGUGACGGAGAAGAAGGACAGAAGAUGAUACAGGCGUAG